UCUGUCAGCCCCGCCUUCUCUUCCUUGUAGAGGACGGGGCAUGAGUGGCUCCUCCCUGUCACAGCCGGGGUGCUGACUGAGCACUGGAUCUUGCUCCUGGGCUUGCGGUUCCCCGGUCCGGAACACACUGACGGCUGUCCCUGUUCCCUCCAGGACGGCUGUUCUCAGCGAAGGGCCUUGCACGCGCUCCUGAGCAGCGGCCAUGGGCCUGCUGGCCUUCCUGAAGACGCAGUUUGCGGUGCACCUGCUCAUCGGCUUUGUGUUCGUGGUGAGCGGACUGGCCAUCAACUGUGCCCAGCUCUGCAUGCUGGCGCUCUGGCCCCUCAGCAAGCAGCUGUACCGCCGCGUCAACUGCCGCCUCGCCUACUCGCUCUGGAGCCAGUUGGUCAUGCUUCUGGAGUGGUGGUCAUGCACAGAGUGUACUCUAUUCACGGACCAGGCUACGGUGGACCGCUUCGGGAAAGAGCACGCGGUGAUCAUCCUUAACCACAACUUCGAAAUCGACUUCCUUUGUGGGUGGACCAUGUGUGAGCGGUUUGGCGUGCUGGGGAGCUCCAAAGUGCUCGCUAAGAAGGAGCUGCUCUAUGUGCCCCUCAUCGGCUGGACGUGGUACUUUCUUGAGAUCGUGUUCUGUAAACGGAAGUGGGAGGAAGACCGGGACACUGUCAUCGCAGGGCUGAAACGCUUGUCUGACUACCCUGAGUACAUGUGGUUCCUCCUGUACUGUGAGGGCACUCGCUUCACGGAGACCAAGCACCGAGUCAGCAUGGAGGUGGCGGCCUCCAAGGGGCUGCCCCCGCUCAAGUACCACCUGCUGCCACGGACCAAGGGCUUCACCACAGCAGUCCAGUGCCUCCGGGGGACAGUCACAGCUGUCUAUGACGUAACCCUGAACUUCAGAGGAAACAAGAACCCAUCUCUGCUGGGGAUCCUCUAUGGGAAGAAGUAUGAGGCGGACAUGUGCGUGAGGAGAUUUCCUCUGGAAGAAAUCCCCCUGGAUGAGAAGGAAGCCGCUCAGUGGCUCCACAAGCUCUACCAGGAGAAGGACGCACUGCAGGAGAUGUACAACCAGAAGGGCGAGUUUCCAGGGGAGCAGUUUAAACCCGCCAGAAGGCCGUGGACCCUUCUGAAUUUCCUCUGCUGGGCCACCAUCCUCCUCUCUCCUCUCUUCAGUUUUGUCUUGGGUGUCUUUGCAAGUGGAUCCCCUCUCCUGAUCCUGACGUUCCUGGGGUUUGUGGGAGCAGCUUCCUUUGGAGUUCGCAGACUGAUAGGAGUAACUGAAAUAGAAAAAGGCUCCAGCUAUGGAAACCAAGAAUUUAAGAAAAAGGAAUAAUUAAUGCUGUGAUUGAACACACGUAACCUGACGGUGGUAUCCUAUUAACUCAAUUAAAAACAGAAAACACACAGAGCGGAGGAAAAAAGACACUUAGAAACUAUUUUUCUUAUUAACUGGUGACUAAUAUUAACAAAUAAAACUUGAGCCAAGAGUGAGAACUCGGAAAGCCAGAUGAGUAUGGUCAGCUUCCCCAGCCAGGCCUGGCAUCCUCCGUGCGGCGGGUGGCGGCCUCAGUCUCAAGAACCCACUUCCAAGAAAAGCCUUUGGCUGCUUUCUCUCCGGAAACCUAGAUGGAGUUUUUUGGUUUUUAUCAGUUAUUUUGGGAAUUUAACUUGUCCCCUCACCUCUUCCCCUGCACCCCAAAAAAACUGUUCAUGAAUUUCUGCUGUCCUCCUGGGAACGCACUGGCUGGGCCCGGGGGGGCUCACUCGCCUGCUCCGCUAGGCACGGCCCUCGGCUUCUAGAUCCAGGGCCAUGCAGAGCGCCCCCUAGCGAUAAGCACACACCGAAUGUAAAUCAGAUUGACUUUCAGAUUGCCUCCCCUGCCCCGCGCCGAGCUGGCUGAAGUCCCGCCCCUGUGUUGUCUUCUGUAGGGCUGUUUGCCCUUGGCCUGGCGUGUAGGCCCUGGGUAUAAACACCUUCAGGCCAUUUCUAGCGUGGGAAGGCCCCUGAGCACUGGAGGAGUGUGGGGUGUCCAGGCGCAGCCCCUUUGCCCCUCUCUUCUCCGUGGGCUUCGGAUUCCAGGGUGCCAGGCAGGGAGGGCUGCACUGGGCCAUCCCCAGCAAACCAGGAGCCCUGCAGGACAGCUGGAGCACUGUUUAAGAAGGGAUGUCACCGUCAAACCUCUUUCUUUUCGAGGUAGUUGGAGAUGGUUAGUGCGAGCCUGUUGGCUUUACAGAUUUUACUUUUAUUAGCUGAUCUCUUGUUGGGUCUCAAUUUCCUGCAGGACCUUAGAUGUGUGUGAGUGGGGGGGGGCUGUCAGCCCAGCCACCCCCAUGAGUGCCCCGCUCAUGAGUGACACAGAAGUGCUUGUGCUCACACUGAGGUCCCUGUGGCCCACGGCCCAGAUAGAAGUUUCCAAGGCACAUUUAAUGCCUGGCUGGGCCCACAGGCUUAGGAGGAAAGUCUCUUCCAAAUUCCCCUGAGGCCCAGCACUUCCUUGGCUCAGCAUAGUCAUAGCACCCUCAGCCCACCUGCAUUUGGCUUUUUCCUCAACUUUCAACUCACCUGUUUAAAGUCACACUCCUCCCAUCUUUUUUUAGCAAGGGGAAAAAUAAAAAAAAUGGAUAUCUCUGCUAUAUUGUAGCCAACAUUCUGAAUAGAGGGAGGUUGAGUUUUUGAGGAAAAAACUGAGGGAAGUAUAAACUAACCUGAGAGGGUAAUUACAUUGGCCUCAGUGUUUGGGGAAAUCUGUCAGCUCAUUUUCUUUAUAAAGCAAACACUGCUUGGCUGAGUCUGCCCUGCUAUGGAGGUGGGCGUGACACAGGGGAGUGGGCACCAAGCAGGACAGAACAAAACCCCUGAAACCACUUUGGUCUGAGCGUGUCCUUCCCCCCCAUCUGAAACCUGCCCUGCAGCCUGGCCUCCAGCAGUGGCAGUGCUGGGCACAGGGUGCCGGGGAGCUGCCCCCCAGGGUUUCCUGGCUCCUGCAGCAUGCUGCUCCUCUGUCUGUGUCACUCACUAAUUCACUAACACCUACAAAAUCUUAAAGGAAAAAGUUGAAGGGUACUACUGUGCAUAUUCUGAGACCUGGAAAUGCAAAUUUAGACCUUUGCCAUUUGAUUGAUAGUUCUUGCUUCCAAGAGACGCCCCCUCCCUUUGGCAUUCAUAUACAAUGGGUUGAUUCUGUGCUGGGUCAGUGCGGCUUCCCGCGGAGAGGCCAAGGGUAGACCUGGUGGCGGCCACAAGCACAGGUUUAAUCUCCCUUUUCCUUCCAAUCUAAAAGCUUAGCUUGUGUGUCUGAACACUGAGCCUUUGAGAGCAAUAAAAACUGCACCAUGAA